AUGGUUGAGGAAUUCACCCAUUUAGCCAAGCCAGAUCUAUCGAGAUCUUCGAUAGGCCAAUCCUAACAAUAAUAGCAGCAGCAACUAUAGCAGCAAUAACAUAACAACCCUCCAAGAUACAACAUAAUGGAUAGAAUGAUGCAGAUCUACUCUUAGUAAGAUGACUCUUAAAUCUAGCAAUAGCCUCACGUUCUAGAUUAAGUUUCUUAUGAUGAGCCUGAUUUUGAUUAAUUACAGCAUUAGAGUUAAUCCUAGCAAAGAUUAACUCAUAUGCAAGUUAAGGAGGUAUUCCAGGAUAGAGUGAAGAUUAUCAAGACCUAAACAAUCAUUCCUACACCACUUCUCUAAGCCAAUCAAAGCAAGCUAGAUGUUUAUAUUCUUGAUGGACUAGUAGAGACAAUAAAGAAACUACUAAAAGGAUUUUAGAAUCUAACCUUCAGAAUUUAGCUACCAGCUCUACAAUGGGAUGUGAGAAGAAAUGAUUAGGAUUUUAACACAUUGCACAAAUAUCUAGUAAAAACUUACCCAAAUAUACUUAUUCCUCCAAUAUCAUAAUUUAAAGGCCAAAGGAAGUUCGAUACAGUUUUUAUUAAGAAAAGAGGUAGAAUUAUUGAGAAAUUCCUUAGGUCUUGUUUAAGAAGUGUAGAGCUUAAAGGUUGCUAGGCACUUGUAUAGUUCUUAUCAUCAACUGACAAAAAGGACUAUGAAGCACUGAUAAAAACUUUGGAAAGGGAGGUGACAAUUAGUUAAGUAAAGUAAUACAUAACUCAGUGUGGAGAAAUCUAGAUAAAUGAGAGUUAGUUUUAGUAUUACGUUGCUGAGAGUCAGAAAUACCCAAGUUUUGUAAAGUAGUUUGAGGGUAAUUAUAGGAGACUUUACUAGUAAAUGAAGAGACUUGGAGAGGAUUUGAGUAACAUUAGCUAAACUUUGCAGAAUGUUCAUGAAAGUGUAGAGUCUUUAUCCCAAACUUAUCAAUAAUUUAACCCAGAAAAAGAAGGCUAGGGAUUGCCAACCUUGCUUAAUCUAGUUGCCAAAGCAAUGAACCUUUGGUCUCAGUCCUACCUAAAUCAAAAGCAGGUGAUAGGUGAAAACAUGACUCACUUCUUUUAGUACUAUGCUCUAUAUGGUGAACAGAUUUCAGAGUUUUACAAGUAAAUAAGCACCAGCCUAGAGGACCUUACCAAAAAAGAGAAAGCACUCAAUGAAAGGAAAGAGAGACUGUUCAAUUCCAAGGAUAUCGGUACCUGGGAUCUUAAACAGCAAGCUGGGCAACUAACUCCUGAGUAAAAGCAGAUACUACUGAGUGACAAAGCUUAGGCGAUGCAGGUAAUGCUCCCAGUAGAAACAGGAUUAUUAACAGACCUCAAGGAUAUUUUCACAGUUCUGGUAUAAUCGUUCAAGCAAGAGAUUUCGAGACAAGAGGAUGAGGCUUAUGUAGAUAUUAAGAAUUAACUUGAUGUGAUGAUUGAACCUAUAAUAAAGAGUUAUUAAAAUCACUUGAUGAUAUGGAAUCAAAGAGCAAUUAUCAAUAAGCUAAAGAGUUCGACCAAUCAAUCAGAGUAAGUCUCUCCUGAAUAGAUCAGACUCUUCCCCUCCACUGAAAACGGCGCUGUCAUCUCUUAGAAAGAAUUCUAGAAUAUAGACCCUAAUGACCUCGAGAUCUAUGUGGUGAGACCAGUCAAAAAGAUUGUCUCUGAAUAUCUAUUUGAAGUCAAGGUUAAGAACAUGCUAAGAUACAAGGUGCAAAAGAGGUUCAGAGACUUCGACUCCCUCGAUUAGGUGCUUAAAAUAAGAUUUGAGAAUCUGAAGUUCCCUGAAAUCCCUUCUAAGACUCAGAUAUUCAAGAAGGAGCAGACCAGAAUGAAGUAUUACGAAGAGUUGUUUAGCCAGUUCAAGAAGUAUGCCAUAGAAUACCCAAAUAUGAGGUAAAAGCUACUGAUCUUGAUUUAUAAACUGCUAAUAACUGAGUCAGUACCCAUCAAAGUGUGCACUAUUGAGAAGCAAGAUCAGUAAAGAUAUGACUCUCUAAUGGGCAGUGGAAUAUCUGAUGGGAAGCAUGGAGAGGGGUUGUUUAGUUUGGAGGAAGAAGAAGAAAAUGAGGAAAUGUAGAAUGAUUUUUCAGUGUUUUUAGGAUAUAUGGAGGAUAAUACUGAAAAUACACUUGCCUCGGAAAGAACUAGAUUUGGGGCUACAGAGGUGUCUUAAUCAGUUCUAGAGGUGAUUGAGCAGGAGCGGAACAGAAGAAAGACCAGAAGGGGAAGUAUCAACUAAGAGAAGAUUGAUAAGUUCAAGGACAUCGAUCUACUGGAGAAGUCCAAAAUAUAGAAGGACGUCGAUUUAUACCCGGGCAUAUUUCAUCAGACUAACAAUGGCAUUUCUCAACUUAAGAACAGAGAUGUUCUGCUCGGAUACUGUUGGGUUAAGCUGCCGAUGGUGAAUAUAUGGCAGAAAUUCUUUGCUAGAAUUCAGGAUUCAGCCAUUAAGUUCUGCAAGGAUGUGGAAGUUAACGAGUUUACAAUCUGCUAUGUAAUCUACAACUGCUUAAUAGAGACCAUUAACAUCAAAAUACCCGAGUGGGACAACAAGAAUCACCAGGCUUUCAUCAUUAGACACGAGUUUGACGCUGAGUGGCUACUAAUAGCUUUGGAAGAUGAGAAAACGUUCUUUGAAAAGAGAAAGGAAAUCCUGGGGAAGACUUUGGAGUAUUCCAAGAACUCUAUGGACAUUAUUAAUGAGACGAACAGAUAUGCUUUUGGUAAAGUCCAGAUCAAGAUAAAGCAACUGUGCGAUGUCCAAAAUAUAGGCAAGUUAUUCGUAAGAGUGAGGCUGGGACCAUACUAUUACGAGACUAAAAGAGUCAAAGCUCCUUCUGCUAAUAGUUAUAAGUUCAAUCAGAACUUUAUAAUACCUAUCACCAACAGAUUUGACCAGAUUUACAUUGAACUAGUGAGCUACAUUACUUCUGGUUUAUUCUAAGGACAACACAAAGAAAAUGUGAUAAGAGAAUUCUGUAUUCCUUUGCCCUUUUUGAAGCAGGAGACAUUCAAAGACAAACUCAUUUAAUACUCGCUUAACCUUGAAGACAUCAAAGUCAUCACACAUGAUAACCUGAUGCAGAGAUUGGGCAUGCAGCAACGACAUGAAAACGACAAACCUAACCAUCCUAAGUUUGAAUUGCAAAUCACUGAUCUAUCUCAACUUACCACUGUGAUAACUUUCAACCCUAACAGAGAUGUAGUUGAAGACAGACCUAGGCAAAAGGAAUACUCUAGAAAGCAAAUCAACAUAGUCAUAUCUAAGAUGGUUCUCACAAUAUACAAGAUCACAGAUAUUGAGAACCUUGAAAAGUACAUAUUCUACUUUCAUUACCCGAAUCUGUCUAAGUUCCUCAGAAUUUUCCUUGUCUUCUUCAUUCUCUACUUCGACUCUUAAUACCUACUCUCUUAUGUACUUGGAAUAGUCAUCCUCAUGUUUAUAUUCUAGAACGAACAAUGGCAGCGUUAUACGAUGCCUAUCUUAAAUAUGAUAUUUUUCAGCAGUAAAAACGAGUACUUGAAUGAAGAGAAGGCUAGCAAGAUCAUUACCUUUAGAUAAGACUCUAUUAAAGCAAAUACCAGAACUAUUGUUAAUUCUACAAUAGAGACAGAUAAAGAUAUGAAAAAGAAGAGCAAGAAAAAUUUGUACCAUAAUGGAAACUAAAAGGAUGAUGAUCAGUAAUUCGAAGAAAAUACUGAGCAAGCAGAGAAAUAUGAAAGAAAAAAGAACAAUAUCUUCUAAAAGUACAGAGACCUCCAGGACAAGAUAUCAGUAGUAGUCUUUUUCUUUGACAUGAUAACUGAUUUCGUUGAGAAAUUCACCAUGCUUUUGACUUGGCAAGAUUAAAAUGCUUCAAAGUUCUUACUUGCCAUACUUAUUGUGAUAUUCCUGGUUGUAUCAUUUUUACCGCUCAGAUACUUUAUAAUCCUAGCUAUUUUGAAGAAGUUUAACAGAGGCUCUUCCUAUUACAAGCGUAGGUAUACAGGCAAUAAAGAGGCUAUUAAGAUUGAAUUGAGAAAUUUUAUGCUAGCUAAUGGCUUCCUUAAGUAUGAUGAACUGAGGAAAUUUGGUGAACAAAAAUGGAUGCUUUCACCCUGGCCACUUUAAAGAGCUUUUGAAAAGAAACUUAUCAAUUAUCUUUAAGAUAAGUUGUACAUUCUUGUACCGAAAGGCUUUACCUAGGAGUUCAAGAAUCCAUCAGAGUUGAUCGAGUCAGCAGGCCACAUUAACUAAGUCUUGUAGCUAAGGCCUAGAGAUGAAAAUGAGUGGGAACUUAGAAAUAAUAGGAACCUUUACAGAAAGAGUCCUAACCCUCUGGUAUUUCUUUACAACUUUGUGAUGAAUAACAUCUCGUCAUUCAUCUACUUUGAGAAAAAUAAGAAAUACCUUAAAUUAGACGAGUGUCUGUGA